AUGGACUUUCGUGAGAUAUUUUUUUCACCAGCGGUCAAUUUUCUCAAACCUAUUCGUCUUACUGUACUACCUAAUCUUGGUUGUGACGAUGAUGAUUGGCAACAUGCCACACCAUAUCCAGCCAUAGACAGUGUUGUACUUGUCAUGCAUGAUAAAAACAACUGUUCUGUGGUAGAAAAGAGUAGUGGUGCAAGGGCAACUCUUGUCCUAGCACUGAAUUUAGCUCACCUAUUUCAGGCAUCAUCCUAUGAGAAACAUUUAUAUCGAAUUCGAUGCGGCUGGUGGGGUGCAGAAGAAAAUAGUAUGCUCGGAUCAUAUCAUCAUGUCAAUGAAGCCAACAUUACAAUCGUUGAAGGUAACCGUUUGAAAGACUAUGUGCUAGUAUUGAAUUUUGAUAUGCUUGCGUCAUUCAACUUUUAUUGUGGCACCUAUGAGCCUACUUCACUUCCAGACAAAAUAUCAUCAAAAGUAAAAAAUGCCUCGGACAGAAUUUCACAAUUAUUUCGCCACUGGUUUGAUAAAGAAGGUCUACCGUGGGAUAAUAGUUCACCUAUUCUUAGUGAUUAUGUUCCGUUUCUGUUUGCGGAUGUUCCAUGUGGUGGUAUAUUCUCCGGAGCAGGCAGUAUUAAAACACUUGAACAACGGAAUCGGUAUGAUAUAAUGUUAGGCCACGGAUACGGUGGUAUCUGA